AUGAACUCGCUGUCAACGCGUCUACCUGAAUUCGUGUACGAUCCCGACAAUGGUUGUACCUUCGAGGUCUGGUACAAUCGCUAUGAAGGCGUCAUAUCCAAGGACGGCGGUGCCUUGGAUGGGCUGCAAAAGCUCGACGCCAUCACAUACGCUCGCUUCACAAGCUGCAUUCUACCGAAAAGAGCUUGUGAACUGUCGUUGUCAGAUACCGUAGCAACGCUGAAGGAACUUUUCGGACAUAACACGUCGGUUUUCUCGCGCUACUUAAUCUGA